AUACAACGUCCAUCAGUCUUCGUUUGUCGCUUGUGAAGAACCACACUGGUCUCGGAAUUAAAUUGAAAUCAAUUUGAACUGUUGUGCCCACGUCCACGUUCAAUUGCCUUGUCUGUUGCGCCUCAAUCAUGCUACGGAGACUUCUUUUACCCACCCUUAUCGUCCUUUUCUUUAGUCUAAGCAUUGCGGAGGAUUCCCCUCCUUCCCCAGAAACUCUCUCAAAAUCCCAACCCCAGCGAAGGUCCCCACCUAAUAAAUAUUUAGCGCACAUCUUCACUAAAUACGGAAGUCGUGGAGAGAUUUCUUUUGAGGGCCUAGAACACUUGAUGCAUAGCCUAGAACUUGGAGGCUUAGAAUUUCUACCAGGACACACAGUUGCUGAACACCUUGAGGCAUCAUCUUUAGCCCCAUCACUUCAAACUACCUCCGCAGAAGAAGACGAUCCAAAUCACGAAGCCGAUGUUGCAGUAAAUAGGAAUGAGAUAAGAAGUGAUUUGUGGCAUGAUGUUUCCUGGCCAGAAAUGACUUUCAAGGAAUUGCACGAUCCCAAACAUCGUCACAGACGCCAUCAUGUGUCGAAGGAGGAGGAGACAAACACCUGUCUCUCGCCACUGCGUCUUGUUCAAACUGUUUUGGGUAACAAACGCCUUCCCACCAAACAGCGUCAAAGGCACUACAGCUCUGCCCAAAAUGACGAUGAAUCUGUGAUGCAAUUGAGUCUUUCUCAGCUCAAGAUCUCUCCCAUGGAAUUCAUGGAGAUUUGUCCAGCUUUAAUUGCCCAGAUUGAUCAAAAUGCAUGUUUCUUAGAGGCACCGCAUGAGGAGAAAAUAAUUGAGAAUGAAAUGUCCCGGAUGAGUCCCAUUCUGGCCACAGUUGCAAUCCUCAUAAUAUCUCUGUGCGGCCUGGUGGGGAUUGCAAUUGUUCCGCUGAUGAAAUACCAAGCCUACCAGGAUAUUUUGCACUUUCUCGUUGCAUUGGCUGUUGGAACACUUGUAGGAGAUGCUCUGAUGCAUCUCAUGCCACAUGCCUUUGAGGCAGAAGAGGAAUCUUCAUCUGGGCAUUCUCAUUCAUCCACAUGGAUCUGUUUUGGAACUUUUGCCAGUGCCUUAUUCAUGUACAGCCUGGAGAAUCUCCUAUCACUCGCAGGAGGAGGACAUUCUCAUUCCUCUUCAGAACCUCAAGGACCAGAAAAUACAGAAGAAAUCGAACUGAACCGUAAUCCAGGCAGGAAAUGCUCUUCAGGCACAGAAAAACCCCUCACGCCCUUGGCUAUCAUGGUGAUUCUCGGCGAUGGAUUGCAUAAUCUCACCGAUGGCCUGGCCAUUGGAUCUUCUUUUGCUGCUGAUCCCGUCAUUGGCAUGAGCACGGCUUUCGCAGUGCUCUGUCACGAACUUCCCCAUGAAUUAGGAGACUUUGCCCUUCUGCUAAAGACUGGUGUUAGCCUUCGACGUGUCAUCUUUCUCAACAUCAUCUCCUCAGCUCUGAGCUUCCUGGGAAUGGGCAUUGGACUCUUUCUCAUCACUCUUCACAACUCUUCCGUCAAGUGGGUCUUUGCCUUUACCGCUGGAUCCUUCCUCUACAUCGGUUUGGCUGACUUAGUGCCUGAAUUGACCCAUGGCGCCCCUUCGAAAAGCCCCAAGAGCGCCAUUCUGUCGAUUCUGGGAAUUCUCGCAGGAGGACUCAUAAUGCUUGCCAUUGCCCUCAAUGAGCAUAAACUAGUGACACUUUUUAACUGAAUUAAGAGCAAUUGUUAAGCCUUAUACCUUGUUAGUGUAAAUAAAAAGCUUAUUUUAUAAUUUUA